ACGUGCAUCAAGGCGGAAGUAAGGUCAGGCUGUCGUGCGCGCUCAUGUGAGAGAUCCUGCGAAGUACUAGGGACGUUCCACGGCUCGCGCGCUUUCAGACAAUAACGGAAAAAACGGAUAAUUUAACGACGACACACUGAGGCCGCGACACGCGUCUGAGAAACGGAAACAUCUGCGAUGUCAUUUAUUUUUGACUGGAUCUACAGAGGCUUCAGUGGAGUGCUGCAGUUUUUAGGUUUGUAUAAGAAGUCUGGAAAGCUGGUUUUCCUUGGUCUGGAUAACGCUGGGAAGACGACUCUUCUUCACAUGCUCAAAGACGACAGAUUAGGACAACAUGUGCCCACAUUACACCCCACGUCCGAGGAGCUGACCAUCGCAGGAAUGACCUUCACUACGUUUGACCUGGGAGGUCAUGUACAAGCCCGGAGAGUGUGGAAGAACUACCUUCCUGCGGUCAACGGCGUGGUGUUCCUGGUGGAUUGUGCGGAUCACGAGCGUCUCACGGAGUCGAAGCUGGAGCUGGACGCUCUGCUGUCAGACGAGAGCAUCUCCGGCGUUCCCGUGCUGGUUUUGGGGAACAAGAUCGACCGUCCGGAGGCUGUGAGUGAGAUCAGACUGCGAGAGGAGUUCGGUCUGGACGGACAGACCACUGGGAAGGGCAGCGUGUCGCUGAAGGAGAUGAACGUGCGUCCGCUCGAGGUCUUCAUGUGCAGCGUGUUGAAGAAGCAGGGUUAUGGAGAAGGCUUCCGCUGGCUCUCGCAGUACAUCGACUGAGUUCAUCCCUUCUGGCCUGAUCGGAUUUAUUAUCAGCAAUAAGUAUCAAAACCCGCUCCUGACAUGGAUUUAAAAAAGGUAAUUGUGACUUUUCAAUCUUACAAUUCAGACUUUCUUUUCACAAAAUAAAGAGAAAUUCAGAAUUGUGAGAUAUAAAGUCAGAACUGUGAGUCUGUGUUUCCAAAGUCACAAUUCUGAGUUUUUGUUUUCUUAAAAUUGUGAGGAAAGUUUGCCUUGUGAGGUCUCAUAAUUCUGGUUCAUAUCUAGUUUAUAUCUCAGACUUUUUUCCUCACAAAUAAGAAAUAAAAAUCUCACAAUUCUUUAACUACAUCUAGCAAUACUGUUUUCCCCCACAAUGAAACAAUCAAAUAAAAAAAGACAAUUGCAACUUUUUAUCUCACGCUUCAAACUGUUUCUCACAUGAUGGACCUCUUUUCUCAUAAUUCUGAGGAAAAGCCAAAACUGAAUCAAGAAAGUCUGAGUUGUGAGAUAAAGAGUCACAGUUCCUAAAACAAAGUGUCUUGUGGCUUAAACAAGCUUCUAUAAAUCAGAGCGGUUGAUUUGAUCACAUGGUGUGUUUCAGUGGAUAUUUUCUUGAUCGUGUUGUCAUCUGUUCUGCAUGUGUGCAGCUGUAAAUGCAGAAGAUCCUGUAGCCAUGGCUUCUGAGGUAAUGAUCAGAGUACAGGGAAUAAUAUUUAGAGCACGUCUGCAUUCUAAAGCUCUGAUGUGUUUGAGAUGUACAGUAUGCUGUGAUAUAUAUUCUACUGUACAGUGUUUGUGUGGAUGAAGUCAUCAGCUGCCGUCAGUGUUUGUUGAUCAUCAGGAGAAGCUUUGGCUCGUCUGAUAUGAGAGCAUUUACGGCACAGGUGUCAUCUUGUGUUGCAAGUGUGUAAAUACUGUAUAAUGAAGUAUAAAUGUGUUUUAUUGUUCAUAGCUUUGACUUGAGUGUACAGGAAUCCAGCAUAACAGACCGUAAACAUCUAUAAACUAAACUAUUUUAAAGAAUGUUUCUACUGUUGUUAUUUAAUAUCGAUAAUCCACUCUUUAUAUUUUGUCCUUGUUACAGUUGAAUUAUGCAUUUAAGGACUGAGUAAUAUUAAUUAACUACAUGUACUUACUGUAUGGUUGGGAUUAGAGUCUGUUACUUGCAUGUAAUUAUGCAGAAUGUAUUGUUAUUAUAAUAGGAAGUGCAUGUAACCAGUGUAACAAGGACGCCUUAAAAUAAAAUGUAACAAAAAAAGUAACACCUUCUUAACAGUGUACUUGUUACAUGUACUUAGUAUUAUAACAUCAAGCAACUAACCCUAAAUCUAUAGUAAGUACAUGCAUAUUAAUAUUACCCAGUAAUCAGUUGUAUAAUUAAAUUGUAACAAAGGCACCUUAUAAUCAAGUGUAACCCAGAACUCUAUCGAUUGGACAAAAUAUUGCUUUUAAUUGUUAGUUAAAGGGCUGUUAAACAGCAGGAGGCAGCAGAGACUUCAGAUCAUGAGAAGACACACACUGCAAUCCUGACAAACAGCAGUUUAACUGGAGUGUGUUCAGAUAAAGAGUGUAUGCAUGUGGCUAGAAAUGUGUGUUUGAGCCUCAGGGGGUUAAUAAAACACUGUUUGGAUGUGUCUGAAUAAGUCUGAAACACUGAAAGCAUUCUGGUUUCUUCUGCCUGGUUUUCCUUUCCACCUUCAGGAUUUAACAGAUAAAACUAACUACCAUGCAGUAGCUCAAACAGCAACACAAGGUCAUGGGGUCGAUUCCUAGGGAAUGCAUGAGUGAAAGUGUAAGGUAUUUGAUGAAUGAACUGAAAUCAAUGUACACCUUCACAGUAAUGUGAGUGGCUUUAGAUAAAAGCAUUUGCUAAGUGCAUAUAUUGUGUGUUCCUGCCGUAUAUAUCAUCUUUACUGCACAGCAGUGUUAUUCACUAUCACUGAUAUACUAGUUUUUUAAAUAAAUAUUUUUAAUCUU